AUGGAAUUAACUGCUUUUCGUCAUCAGGUUUUUUAUACCAAUGCUUUCAAUUCUAAAGAUUUUAAAUUGAAGGUAGGAGGUCAUUUUGGAAUACUGUCAUGCAAUGGUCAUGUGGCGAAACCAUCGAACUUGCGAGAAAUGGCGUUUUACAAAGUGAUGAAUUCAGAGCUGAAAUACUUUUCACCGGCAUUUUGUAAAGAAGUCGAUGUUCGAGCUACUGCAAAUCCAUCGACAGGUCAGAUUGUAGUGGAAACGCUGGAAAAGUUGGAUUGUCAUAAGAAGAAGUCAUCGAGCAAACAUGAACGAUCAUCCACUGGUUUUCGUCUAACGGACGAUGGGCGCGUCACCGUGGAUACUGAAAAACAAUGGAACCCCUGGGCGGCCGGAUGUCAAUGCAAAGUGGUUGAAAGAAUGCUGAAAGAGCCGGAACCGACGCCCUUCCUACUUCUAGAGAACGUCGUUGCUCACUACUCAAGACCGUGUGUUUUGGAUCUGAAAAUCGGAACACGACAGCACGGAGAUGAUGCAAGUGAAUCGAAACGACAUAGACAAUUGAUGAAGUGCAGGCAUUCGACAUCAGCAACUCUUGGUGUUCGAGUCGUUGGAAUGCAAAUGUAUGAAGCGGAAACGAAAAGUUACACCUAUGUCGAAAAACAAGAAGGAAGAAGGAUUGAUGCAGCUGGAUUCAGGGGAUAUGUCAAACGAUUCAUCAAAUGCUCCGGACGAUCCAGGGCUGCGAGAAUGCGACAAAAGCUCUCCAAACUUCGAUCUCUACUUGCUGAAUUCGAGGGCUAUCGUUUUUUUUCUGCCUCAAUCCUAAUCGCAUUCGACGCAGAAGCUGCCGACUCUUCUGACGAUGACGCUGUUAAAGUGUGCAUCAUUGACUUUGCUCACUCCACAUUUUCCGGAUUUUUUGAAGAUCUCGCAUAUUCUGGAGCCGAUGAAGGAUGUCUUCUUGGACUCGACAGUAUAGUGGACGCAAUGGAGCCAAAUAUUACGAAAGAACCAGUUGCGCCUGUGUCAUCAUAUGAAAAGAAGAAGUGA